CUCUAAACACCGCAGGGGAGUCAGAUUGGCGGAGGAUGGCUCAGGAGGAGGGCCGGAGCCUGUCUGAGGCGCGGGCCCGGGUGGGGGUCUUACACGGCAUCACCGACCUGGGCCACAAGCUGCACUUCUAUAAGCACUGGGCUCCGGACUAUGACCAGGAUGUGGCCGCCCUGCAGUACCGUGCCCCACACCUCGCAGUGGACUGCCUUACCCAAGCCCUUCCGGGCCCACCUCAUGCUGCCCUGAUCCUGGAUGUGGCCUGUGGCACCGGCCUGGUGGCUGCCGAGCUGCAGGCUCGGGGCUUCCUCCAGCUGCAUGGAGUGGAUGGGAGCCCAGAGAUGCUGGAACAGGCCCGAGCCCGUGGCUUCUACCAGCGCCUCAGCCUCUGCAUUCUGGGCCAGGAGCCUCUGCCCAGCUCUGAAGGGACCUUCGAUGCAGUGCUGAUAGUGGGUGCCCUCAGUGACGGCCAGGUGCCCUGCAGCGCUAUACCUGAGCUUCUGCGAGUCACCAAGCCAGGGGGGCUGGUGUGUCUGACCACCAGGACCAACCCAUCCAACCUGCGCUACCAGGAGGCACUGGAGGCCACGCUGGACGGGCUGGAACGGGCCGGGGCGUGGCAACGCCUGGUGGCCUGGCCCGUGGACCGGUGGGAAUUGGCCGCUUCCGAGCUUGAGGUGGGGCCUGGAACUUCGGACAGUGAUGGCUUCAUCUCGGGCAUUGUCUACCUGUACCGGAAGCAGGAUGUGGCCCAGGUGGAGGGAGUGAGGCCCAGUCCUCAGCCCCCCCGCUGACCUCUGACCCUCCACGUGACCUCAGCCAGGCCUGUCCUUGGGGCUCCUCUGCUUCAUUUGUAAAAUGGGACCCCUGUGCCAACCUUGCCCCUCAGGGAGUUCUGCCUAUUAAAUGAGUCCCG